GUUCAAUUCAGCCUCAAGAGUAAUGUCUGCACACAAAAUUUCCCGGAAAUGGUUAGUUAGGAAUUUGCUACCCACCCUACAUAUAGCCUGGCCUCAACCCGAAAUUCACACAUACAGCCAAGGUAUACCCAACUGACAACGUGGCAGUGAAGAAAAAGACUACAACAAGACAGCACUUGGUUUCAUCGUCAAAGCUUGAAGCAUGUACAACACUCUGUUAGAGCUUUUGUUUAUAGCUUUUCUGUAUGUGUAUACUACAGAGGCCAAGUCGUGCACUGGGUGGGCAAAUUAUACUCUCACACGCAGAGGCGAUUGGACAGACGCAAGGCAUCCGAACUCUCCUCCUGCGUCAGUCCGAGGUUUCUCGGAGACUGUAGGCUGUAGUCAUAAUGCCCGCUAUGUGAUGUGGGCACCAGGGAUAAAGGCGACCACAGGAGUUAAGAAUGUGGCAGAAGCGGGUAUGAAUAUAGUUCCUUAUAUUACUUGAAACUUUUAUAGGUAAAACUUUACACUGGCCAGUGUAGUCACACCCAUAUACCCAUAUUCUCCAAGACAUAACAACUGAGCUUGACAAUACUCCACACUUUCGUUGGUACAUUGCAUAUACGAACAUAUUACCGGUGCUGACAUGCCAAUUUUACUCUGCCAAACAUUUAGAUUUUUAAAAUUUUACUUCCGAAUUCAAUCAACUCGACUGCGAGAGUUCACAUGAAUCACAUUCUUAUUCACUAUAGGUUGAAUAAUUUCCCACUAGGGACUUGAUAAAAUUCUGCUCUGCAGUUUUUGGGGUUUUUUUUGCUUAUGUAGUCAAGCCUUACAACAUACAAAUUUAGGCCAAAAGUUUUCUUAUUUAGGCCAAAAGUUUUCUUAAAAGUUUACUAUAGUGUAUCAGAGAGAGAUAAUAAUUUAUCAAAUUCAGGCUAAACCAAACCUUUAUUGAUUUUCAGGUAACGUAACUGCAAUAGAGGCAGAAAUGGACAUUCAGAUAGCAUUGAAGAAGGCAUUUAAGAGAUAUGUGGGUGUUAUGAUGGUUGGUGGCAGAUCCAACGAUACUAUCCCUAAUAUCGAAGUCAACUCGGAAUACCCUUUCGUGUCCUUCAUCUCCAUGAUAGCCCCCUCACCAGAUUGGUUUGUUGGUGUGCGCGAUUUAAAUUUAUGCAACACAGCUACGGGGGAAUGGCGAGAUCGGGAAGUGAGAGAAUUGUUUCCCUAUGAUGCAGGCACUGAUAGCGGAGUUAAUUUCACAAGUCCUGAUGAGGUCACCAAUCCACCUAUUAAUAUUCACCGUAUUACAAAUGACACUGAAGGUUCGCUCAAAGGCGACAAACCCGUCCUGAGUUUUGGAACAUUCACCUUUGUGAAGACCUCGGAAAGCGUAGAAGUGACAUCAGCACCUCCGCUAACUCCGACACAAACAGCUAACCCAGGCACAAACUUCAAUAAAAAAACUCUUGUCCUGAUGUUAUGCAUCUGGAAUAUCAUUGGCUAUCUUCUAUAAACUUGACAAACUUUCACUUUGUAAUCUUCAUAUCGUAAUAGAUAGAUAAAGACUUUGUUUAUUAUCUUAAUGUCUUAUACAUUAAUGAUGUGUAUUUUUGUAAUGUUUAACGAAUUGCAGCCUUUGACUGGAAUGUUAAGUGUAAUAAAACUAUCUAUCUAUCUUAAUUGCAUCCUUGUGUAAUCGGAAAUGGCUGAUUGCUCCGUGCAUAACUCUAACAAUAAAAAUAGUCUUAGAUUUAUUUCGUUUACAUAUCAAAUGAAAAUAAAAUUUCUCGAGAACGAAGAGAUAAGUUAGAAUAGUUCUACAAUUUUAUAGUUUUACAUGUUCUUUCUGCCUAAAAUGAAGACUUUUCGUUGCCAUCACAGUCACAGCCGCUCAUUAUGUCGUUCCACCACCAAUACAGUAAGCUUUCUCCUUGGCCAUGGACAAACGGGACUUCGUGGACAUUCAGGCCAUUGCACCGAAGCUAAACAUAUUUUUAAACUAACGAGCUUUCGAAAUAUUUCUAUUUGCCGUAAUUUGGAGAAAAAGCGAUAGUCGCUAUCGCU